AUGGAAUGGAAUGAGCUUGUGGAGGGGAGUGACCUCGAGGCUGAUGGCUAUACCACUUUUAUUGAGGUGCAGGUCAAUCGCACACUUGCCCCGGCUGUUUCCCUUAUUGCCCCGACCGGGCCAUUUGGCACCCAAGGAACGGACCAAGUCGUCGUGUAUAUUGACAACGUUGCUGAGGGAGAAGAUGACCCUACCUCUUGGACUUAUGACCUUUCUAUCUUGUUUGCGGAUGGCGCCAAGAGCGCGACCGUCGACACCCCCGCCGUCACCCAGUUUGGAAAUGGAACCAUUUCUGUUGCCUUUACCUUGCCCGCUGGUUCCGGCGUUGAUUUGCCAUGGAAUUUGACCAUCACCAAGCCGGACGCUCAAGUAGUCCCGGUCGUGGACGCCACCAAUCCUUCCUUCUUAUUCUCCUUUGUUUCUCAGCUCAGUGUCAUAGAUAUUCAGCCCAGCUCCGGCCCGGAGGAGGGCGGCAUAACUGUCUCCCUCAUUGGAACCUUUCCAGGCUUUGAUACGGAAGCAGUCGAUGUUCUUUUUGAUGGCAACCCCAUCAAUCCUGAACUGAUCACUGUUAUUGGACCGGAGAACAUUACCUUCACAUUGCCCCCCAAGGUGUCGAUAGGGACUGAAUUUGAUGUCAAUGUCACCGUGAGCAUCGGAGCACAAGUUACGAGCGGAAUUACGUUUUCAUACAUUCCAAGCAUAUUGCUCCAAUCCCUCACCCCUGCAUCCGGGCCGGUGGAAGGCGGGACUCAGGUUACAUUAGUCGGUCAAUUUAUCGACUUCACCAGUGAUAUUGACGGCACCGGGAUUUAUUUUGGAGGUGAGAAGAUUGAUUCCGACUUGAUUACUGCCUCCAAUUCUUCCGUAAUCGUAUUUACCACACCACCUCAGAGUUUCUUUGCCAGCGAGUCGGUAUACGCCUAUGAUGUCUCUGUCCACAUUGGCAACAGCUCGUCCAACUCGAUUGUGUUUUCGUAUGACGCUCCCUUGCAAAUCACAUCGAUCGCCCCCAACUCAGGGACUGAAGAGGGAGGCACAGAUAUCACUCUUGGAGGGACGUUUCAGGCUUUUGACCUUUCCAAUUCGAACGUUUAUAUUGGCAGCACCAAGAUUGACAGCUCAACUAUUGUACACAAUAGCACAUCCAUCUUGUUUAUUACUCCUCCGCGGGAAGAAGUUGGAAAUGGAUAUACGUACAACAUCUGGAUAACAAUCGAGACCACUUCCUCAAAUGGUACAUCGACGACGAUCACUUCAAACACUGUCACGUUCACAUACGAAGACGUUGGCUCUCAAGUAUCAAUCGAUGCCAGCGGUGGUUCCUUCAACUCUGACGGCCACUAUGAGUUGGGCCAAUGCGUGGAGAGCUUGUAUCAAGCAUCAAUUUCAAGAGGGGCACGCUUGCAAAACGCGUCUUACCGAUGGUCCCUAGUUGCCAAUGACACUGAGACCGAUAUUCUAUCCGCCAAGGGAAUAGUUACAAAUUCCGAUGUACUCUUGCUCCCCUACACAGUUUUUUCAGAAGAAAAUGCCGCAUAUACCCUCACAUUGACAGUGGACACAGACUUUUUUUCAUUCACAAAAACAUUGGUGCUCACCCAGUUAAGCAGUCAAAACAUAGGCGUGCGUAUCAAAAACCCCAGACCUCGCUCCAUUUCUGGACCGAACACCACGCUCACAAUCCCUGCAGACUUAUAUUUGCCUGGGUGCCAAGGAAAUGUUAUCAUCGUGAACUCAACAGAGAUGACGUACGAAUGGGUGUUCCGAGGAGAAACGUACGUGUUCUCCCAUCAGAACGAGUCUGCACCAGAAGAGCAAGCGAGCCCAACGUUGUUGGGACGUGAAUUUCAUAUUCCUCAAGCCGUCAUGGAAUAUGGAUCCUUUGGCAUUUCUCUGACUGCCUACUUCACUGAUCAGCCGUCAAUCAAGGGCAUAGACACAUCAACGGUAGUCAUAAAUCCAGCCGCUUUGAUCUCACAGAUUAAUGGAGGAGAAGCAUCUCAACUGAUAUCAGAAACGGGAAAGUUUCACUCUCUCUGGUUCACAAUCCCGAGAUCCUGA